GUGCUGCGAUCCACCACCUUGGUCAGGAAUGUGGAGGGACCAUUCUGACCUGAGAGCAGCAGCUGCAGGCACUGUGAGACCCCAGCUCUAAGUCCUUGACUCUCGACAGGGGAAGUUGAUGUGCCCGGUGCCCGUGGAGGCCACCUUUGCUGGAAGGAACCAUGAAUUGGCAUUUUCCCUUCUUCCUCUUGGCCGCAGUGACUUUGUCCUCCGUGUGCUCACAGUUCAACCCCCUGUCGCUUGAGGAGCUAGGCUCUGACACAGGGAUCCAGGUCUUCAAUCAGCUUGUCAAGUCGCGGCCUCUCGAUGACAUCGUCGUCUCUCCGCACGGGAUCUCCUCUCUCCUGGGCAUGCUGCAGCUGGGGGCCGACGGCAGGACCAAGAAGCAGCUCACGACGGUGAUGAGAUACAGCAUGAGCGGCGUCGGUAAAGAACUCAAGAAGAUCAACAAGGCCAUUGUGUCCAAGAAGAAUAAAGACAAGGUGACCAUAGCCAAUGCAGUGUUUGUCAAGAAUGGCUUCAAAAUGGAAGUGCCCUUCGUGAUGCGAAACAAAGAUGUGUUUCAGUGUGAAGUCCGGAAUGUGAACUUUGAGGACCCAGGCUCUGCCUGCGACUCCAUUAAUCUGUGGGUUAAAAACGAAACCAGGGGCAUGAUUGACAACCUGCUGUCCCCAGAUCUUAUUGAUGGCGUCUCCACCAGGCUGGUCCUUGUCAAUGCGGUAUACUUUAAGGGUUUGUGGAAAUCCAAGUUUCAACCUGAGAGCACGAAGAAACGCACCUUCGUGGCAGGUGAUGGGAAGUCCUAUCAAGUGCCGAUGCUGGCCCAGCUCUCGGUGUUCCGCUGCGGAUCUACGAGCACUCCCAACGACCUGUGGUACAAGUUCAUUGAGCUGCCCUACCACGGCGAGAGCAUCAGCAUGCUUAUUGCCCUGCCGACUGAGAGCUCCACCCCGCUGUCUGCCAUCAUCCCCCACAUCAGCACCAAGACCAUCGACAGCUGGAUGUCCACCAUGGUGCCCAAGAGGAUGCAGGUGGUCCUGCCCAAGUUCACAGCUGUGGCAAAAACAGACUUGAAGGAGCCACUGAAAGCUCUUGGCAUCACUGAGAUGUUUGAUCCAUCAAAGGCAAAUUUUGCAAAAAUAACAAGGUCGGAAAACCUGCAUGUCUCUCACAUCUUGCAAAAAGCAAAAAUUGAAGUCACUGAAGACGGAACCAAAGCUUCAGCAGCAAGUACUGCAGUUCUGAUUGCAAGAUCAUCGCCUCCCUGGUUUGUCGUAGACAGACCUUUUCUGUUUUUCAUCCGACAUAAUCCAACAGGUGCUGUCUUGUUCAUGGGGCAGAUUAACAAGCCCUGAAGAACAUGUGGGACCCUGCAAAGUGAAGGCAACUUCGCCAUGGAGAUUCCUCUCCCACAUAUUUCAUAGUUCAGUUAAAUAUUUUUGUACACUGCUUUCUUUUUCAAAACUGUUUCAUGGCAACAGAUUCAGUGAUGCAAACAUUUCUUUUUGGGGUGGCAUUAGAAAAGGCAGAAAGGCUGGGAUACUGUACUGAGGAAUGAAUAGGAAGGUUUUGGAUAUCUCAAAGAUUCUUUAAACUACUGAAUGGUUACCUGGGUUAACAACCCUCUUGAGUAUUUGCUGUCUGUCCAGUUCAGGAUUUCUGUUUUGUUUUGUUUAUAUGUGUGGCUUUCCAGGAGAAAUCUAAUCAGUGUGACAGAAAAAAAUAAUGAAGACAUUUUAUGGUAGUUUUUACGUUUUUAUGGGAAAAAAAAAAUAUUUGCCUUUUUAAUUCUUUUUCCCCACCUCCAUCCAAGGUCUUGGUGACAGCAAGCAUUAUGAUUUGGAGGUGGAACUAGCAAAAUCUCUAGCUUCUUUGUGUGUUUUUGUUGUUGUUGCUAUUGUUGUUUUAUAUAAUGCAUGUUUUCACUAAAAUAAAGUUUAAAAACUAAUGUCUUGCUGGACGUGCAGUGUGCCUGUCACUACUGGUCUGUACUCUUUGGAUUGGCAUUUUUGUAUUUUGUACAAAGUAAAAAAAAAAAAAUAAAGUGUUAUGAGUAGUAAAAAUGA